AUGGAUCCUCCGGAGACGAGUCAGACUGAGAAUGAAGAAGUUAUCCACAUCCAACGUGAAGAUCAUGAGGAAUAUUCCAGCCAUUCCCUGAUCCCACAACAGAAGAUGGUGGAUAAAAUGAAGAACAAAAACCUGAGUAUACAAUUAUACCAGGGAUUCUCAAGAGGAAGAAUAGAUCAAGCUAUGCAAAGUUUGAUACCAUUCAGAAGGAAGCAUCAUGUACAUUUUGGUAUUACAAGCCGGGAGAUAUCGCUUCCAAUCGAGUUAACGGGUAAUCAAGUGGAAAUCCAAUUGGUUACGGCCAAAGAUGUGCGAGGAGACCUCGCGAAGAUGAAGCCAUCAGUCGCAACAACGAUGAAGUGGAUUCAUAUUGGAGCAAUACAACUGGUAAUCAAAUCCGCACUUUCAAAAGGAAUUGAUUUACCAAUUGAUAUUGCAAUAUGCGAUAAGAGGAUUACAAACCCUCGAGAUGCAAUUUUGGGAGCGUUCUCAGGAAAUCUCUACGUCAAGCAAAUUAUAACCGAAUUGUACCCACAGAUCGCUUAUAAUAUCCAAGACACAAACUUCAGCAGAGCCCUGACACUCUAUCAGGACUACAAAAGAAAGGAGCUGUUGAAGGGAGCGAAUAGACCAUACUCGAUUACAUGUCAAGUAUCGUAUUCCCUAUCCAAUUCCCACCAUACAGAUUUAUUUAUGGGAAAAGAAUUCAUUGAAAUACCAGAAAUAUUCAAGGAAGUAGCCAAGGCUAUCAGCCCUGAGCGAGUCGAGAUCCCAGGGAGAUCGAUAUCCAGGUCAGAGACAAACAGGUGCUGGAGCACGAACAAAGUCUCAGAAUGGGAGUAG